AUGUCGGAAUCAAAUGAUAAUGGAUAUUGUUAUGGUUAAGGAUAUGAUGCAGCAGCUGGAAACUAUGAUCCUUCAACAGAAGAAACUAUUGCUUAAGGAGUUGAUGCUUUAAUUUGUGAAGUAACAGGCAAUGGAGGAGCCUAUUAACAAGGUUAUAUUGAUGGCUAUAAUUAAACAAAUCCUAAUGCUAGUGGGAAAAGUAAAUGA